CAAAGACAUGCCCGCUAUCAGCUGCGAAGUGUCAUCUUCGAAUCUCGAUCUGACUGCCUUGGAAAAUUCAAGUAAAAGGCUUAUUAAACAGAUGAAUUGUUCUGGAAACACAUAAUACGUCAAAUUCUUCAUAAGAGUUAAUCAGAUUUCAGUGAUUAGGUGUAUUGGUAUAUCAAUAUGUCAUCUAGAUCUCGAUUUAGCUUUGAUUUUGGUGACGGUUCGAGAAGGCCCCGUCAGAAGCUGACUCGCCAGCACUCCAUGAGUGCCCUCACGGAGACUGUCCGGUGCAAAGCCGUCAUGGUCGGCGAGCCGCAGUCGGGCAAAAGUGCUUUGAUCAACACGUUUUUGGGAAAGGAUCGCCUGAUCGAGAUUUACAAGCCCACAACAUUUGAUCGAUAUACAACUGUCCUGGACUUUGAUGAUAAACACCACGUAGAACUCAAUGUAUGGGACACUGGAGGAAAGCCAGAGUAUGACUUUCUACGCCCACUUGCUUAUCAGGACACUGAUGUUGUUAUUAUAUGCUUUGACAUCUCGGAACCAACCACCCUAGAUUGCAUCUCACAGAGGUGGUUCCCAGAGAUCCGUAAACACUGUCCGAAGUGUCCGGUGAUUGUCGCUGGAUGCAAGUCCGAUCUACGCAACGACAUCCACGUUAUGACCAGGCUUACGGAGAUGAAGAUGAUUCCAGUGUCACAUGAUAAGGGUAGCACGUUGGCAUCCCAGAUCGGAGCCGUUGCGUACGUAGAGAGCUCUGCGAGAACCAACUCAUCAGGGGUACGAGAGGUCUUCGAGAUGGCCGCCUUAGCGUCAAUCGGCAAACUCAAUCUACAAAAAUCAUAUGUGGACUUACCGAAUGAAAGCAAAAGACUUUCUAUUACCGAAUCUCUGAGGUUCAGGAAAAGGGCAGAGGUAAUAACGCCGAAAGUGAGAGUGAAAUCGAUGGUGCUGGACAAAGAUCGGAAGUCGUGCUUGGUCAUGUGAUCAGAAAAAAAGUUGCAGCUUCUCAUGGAUUGAAUUCAGAUUUGAAUUCACAAGGAAUCAUUUUGAAGAUUGUAAGUAAACUCUCAUCCUGGAAUGAAAGAUUUAGAUGCAAGCCUAGUCCAGGACCAGGAGAAUGAGACCUAAUUUUGAAUGAAGUUGUGAUGGAACAACUCUGUCUUGGCAGGACCAAGACUAACAGGAAUACUUCAGAAGAGAUCUGUGUGAAUAUUGUUAAUGAAUAGUAAUAUUCCAAUUUAGGAGAUUAAGGAAUCCAGAGAUUAUUUUUUUAAAUAAAGAAGUUCUGCAAUUCAUUUGAGGAUCCUUAAGCCCUGUCACUAAAGUCUGCUCAUAAAGAUGUGUUGACAUAUCUACUCCAUCAGGAAUGGCUGGAUCUAGUGUGGACAGUGGAAGCAUCAUGGUGUAGCGGUUCUGACUCUCGAUUUGUAAUCCAAAGGGUUAUGUGAUCGAACCCCACCGCAGCCUAGCGUCCUGUGGCAAGGCGUCAAUCCACAAUUUGCCACUCUCCCCCCAGGUGUUAAAUGGGUACCUGGUAGGAUGAAAAAGCCUAUAUAGUAAUGCCUAGCAAUCGAGUAUUGAAAUUCUUGUUAGAAUGCUCCCCAGGUAGUGGGGAAAGUGCAUACAUUGUGUGUAGGCAUGCCAAGAUCAGAUGACCGGAGUAAUAAUAUAUAUGUAUAGCGCAUAGAAGUUGUUCCAAUGUAUUAAGUGCUAUAUUAAAGCGGAAUAUUAUUAAUUUUGUUGUUAUUAUCCAAAUGAACGGCUGAAGAUUGACAAGUGCUGAUGUUUUUCAGAUGGCCUGGUCCUAAUGAUCAGGCAAAGAAAUAAAAAUGUGUUUCAUUACAAUGUACAUGUACGUUAUCAUGAUUGCAAAUUUGUGAUCAUUCCUCAUAAACUUUGAUCAUGGUCAUAAAGUUUCUUCUAUAACAUGUAUACAUUAAAAGUGUAUGUGCUCCUAUAACCAACACUAUAUACUCUUAUAACUCCUAUAACCAUAACAAAAUUGCCAAAUCAAAACUGAAAUCUGAAUGGGAUCAUUCUUGCCAUUUUCUUUGCCAAUUUACAAAUUUUUUUUUGCUAUCUAGAUGAUGUUUGAGAAUGCUAUACAAUUUAGCCAGUACUUUCCUUUUUUGUUAGAAAAGCAAAUCAUAACAUGCUAUCUAGCUGAUGUUCGAAAAUGCUAUACAAUUUAGCCAGUACUUUCCCUUUUUUGUUAGAAAUGCAAAUCAUAACAGCUCUACCAGUUACAGCUCUCGAUGAGGGAGAGAUUCCAUUAGAAAGCCCAUUUGUAAUGCCCUUUCACAUAUGGUCUGGGCCCCUGGGGUCAUUGUAGGGUGGCUGUUAGGUGAUCUUUUCCCUGAUCUUGUCCUAAUCAAUUUUUGUAUGAUUUCGCAAUCGAUUUUGUUUAAAAGAUCAUUAAAAAUGUAGCCAACCAUAGAGGUGUCUUACAUGUAUAUGAUUGACGUAGGAUCAUUGCAUUAUCAGUGCAAGGGCACCAUACAAUUGGUGCAGAAGCAUAAAGAUGUCUGUACAGGGUGACCAGGGGCCUGUAACACAAAACUGAGCAAUGAUCGUAGAACACUUUUCUACGAUCGAUUGCAUUGACUACAGUGUAC